UCCAGUCACAACUAGUCCCGCCUUCUCAUGGUCCUGCACCCGGUAGCCUGCGCAUUUACUUUACUAGGGAUUCUAAACCACCUACCCCACACCUGGUGCGGAUUAGCGGUCGGUGAGUCUGCGCAGGCUCACAGAGCACACACCACGACUUGGGUCCAACCAAGACCUCAGCAAGGCAAGAGAUCUUUGGCGAAGUCUUCCAGCAAGGUGAAGCCAAUCUCUCUGAGCCGUGAAGACUACUCUCUUCGUCUCUCAUUGGCCUUCCUCCACCGGAGAGAAGCGCAGCAAUGGCUCGGUGGCGAGUUUACGCUGCCCUAGCAGUGUUUGUAGCUGUAACGCUAUGGAGCGGUGCUGAGGCUGGCUCGACAACAACGAGCAACGGCACGUACACUUGCGUCGACUAUUCCGUAUUCAACGUAACCGGCCUCAAGGAACUGUUCAAGACGGGUGUGCAAGUUGUGCGCGGCAAAGACUGGCGGUGGGGAACCCAGGGCAGCAACACAAUUGGCAACAUCUCCCAAGGCCUUGGCGUGUAUUCCAGUGUGGGCUGGGUACAGGUGAAGUGGGUGGACGGCCAUCUCAACAGCUAUCGCAUUCGGAGCGGAGCAUACGAUCUGUGUCGCUUACAGGAUGUCAACAAAAAUGUACCAUUCCCUUCAACAGAGCCCUGCGCCACCAAGACCACUUUUGAGACUGGCCUCGAUGGGUACACCCAGGACAGGACGGACAACUUUGACUGGACUAGAGAUCGAAGUGGUACAAGCUCAUCCUCAACUGGCCCAACUAUCGACCAUACAUUGGGCACAUCUGCCGGCUGGUAUAUGUACAUCGAGACGUCGUCGCCGCGCAUCACUGGCCAGAAGGCCAGGCUUAUUUCCCCGCUGUACAGCACGCAGGCAUCAGGCUGCAAGCUGAUGUUCUGGUACCACAUGUACGGUAGCAGCAUCGGCACACUCAAUGUCUACGUGCACGCGUACGGCAACAACAGUCUGCUGUUCACCAGGUCUGGCAACAAGGGAAACACGUGGCUCAGCAGUGGAUCUCUGACAUUUGGAGCCGUGCCACUUUUCAAUCUUAUCUUUGAGGGUGUUCGUGGAACCUCUUUCACUGGUGACAUUGCGAUUGAUGACAUCCAGUUUACUGGCUGUUCUUGCGCAAAAGUUGAUGGCGGAUGGAGUGCCUGGAGUGCAUACUCUUCCUGCUCAGCAUCAUGUGGCACUGGUACAUACACGAGAACCCGCCAGUGCAACACCCCUGCGCCAGCAAAUGGUGGCGCCAAUUGCACGGGAUCUAGCAUCCAGACAGCUACCUGCAACACUGGACUGGCUUGUGCACAAGGUUUGUGUAACGCCACCGCGCUGAUGACCAACUUUGAGACAGGCUUCCAGGGCUGGUCCCAGGUGACGACGGACAAGAGGAACUUUGACCGUCGGCGUGGACCCACCACCAGCUCGUCCACAGGGCCCACGAGUGACCACACUCUGGGCAACUCGCUCGGGUACUAUGUGUACAUGGAGACGUCUGUGCCGGUGACUUCCGGCGAUACGGCCGAGCUCCUCUCUCCGAUCUACACCGGUGUUCCCGCGUGCACUCUCAAGUUCUACUAUAACAUGUACGGCGCCACGGUUGGCUCGCUGUCUGCGUUCACUGUCAUCAAGGGUGUCAACUCACAGAUCUGGACCAAGGCAGGCAACCAAGGCACUGGCUGGAAACUGGCCACAGCCUCGCUUGGCAAAGCCACUACCAGUGAUUCCUUCCAGAUUAGGUUCCGUGCUGUGUCCGGCUCGUCGUUCACCGGUGAUGUUGCUCUGGAUGACAUCCAACUCAGCAUGGACUGCUGUGUGGGCUCAGCGCUGACAGCAUGCACUGCCCCUGGCGCAAGCUUCGAGAAUGGCUGGAGUGGCUACGUCAACGACCGCGGUACCAGUAACGAGGUGGGCAAUUGGAUCCGCAAGCAGGCCAGAACAACGGUGAAGAACACACCCGCCACUGACUUCACGCUGAGAACAUCCGCUGGUUAUUACAUCUAUGCUCAGCAGUCUUCGACGAGCAGCGCAUCUGCAAACCAGUUCUCUCGACUCAUCUCGCCUGCGUACACAUUCUCCGGAGCAAGCUGUGAUGUUCAGAUUCCCUACUCUGCCCAGGACUCGCCUGUUGUGCUUAUUCGCUACCAGACUGACUCUGCACUGACUACAAUUUCCACCAAAACCUUUUCAGCCAUCAGUUCAUGGACAACAUACACUGUGGCACUGCCUAGUUCGCUCUCCAAGAAGGUCUUCCGCCUUGUCUUCGACUUCAAGAUCCAGGGCACGUCAAGCACCCUGCGCACUGUUGCCUUCGACAACAUUGUCUUCUCCUCGAAAUGCUGCGCGCAGACUACAACAAACGGUAAGUAUACACCACUAGCUGUCUGUCUGUCUGGCUUCUUUCUAAUUCCUGCAUGUAAAAUCACCAAUAGUAAACAUGGUAAAUAGGUCAUAGUCAGUAUGUGGAUGGACCGUUAA